ACCAAGAAGCACAGAUAAUGUUACAGUGCACAGAUGUCAUGUGCGGUUUACGUUAAAAUAGUGCGAAACUUACAGGACGAUGAAAAAAAAUGAAAAACGUAGUUUCGUAAAGGCAAAAUGACCGAGUGGCCUUUAUCUGUUGAUCACACAGUGUGUCUGCACCGCUGUCUAACCGCUGUCCGGGGUCGUCAAUAAGACCGAGCGAAGACUGCGGCUCGCUGAGGUAGCCGAGGAUAAAUGUCAUGAAAUCUGAUCGAAAUAAAAUUAUUACACAGCUUUUCACAGAGAGAGAGAGAGAGACCGAAUUAAGGUUUGUUAAGAUGACGUCCCAAAGUUCUCAGGUGUCCAAGGACAGCAUAACACCACUACAGCAGAUGAUGGCCUCUUGUUCCGGAGCAAUACUUACAUCACUAUUUGUAACUCCUCUAGAUGUAAUAAAGAUCAGACUUCAGGCACAGACAAGUCCUUUCCCUAAAGGGAAAUGUUUUGUCUAUUGCAAUGGCUUGAUGGAUCACAUAUGCGUGUGUGUAAAUGAGAACGGGAAGGCGUGGUAUAAACCUCGAGGUCAUUUCAAAGGCACACUGGAUGCCUUCGCUAAGAUUGUUCGCAUGGAAGGGAUCAAGUCGCUGUGGAGUGGCCUCCCCCCAACACUAGUGAUGGCAGUGCCAGCCACAGUGAUAUACUUUACCUCCUAUGAUCAGCUCUGUAACGCUCUCAGGCUCAGGAUGGAUGAGCAGGCUGACAAGGCGCCUUUAUUAGCUGGAGCGAUCGCAAGAGUGGGCUCUGCUACGCUGAUCAGUCCUUUAGAGCUGAUCCGCACUAAGCUGCAGUCAGAGAGGCAGUCUUACAGAGAGCUGAGCGCUGUGAUCCGUUCGGCCGUGCACACUGAAGGCUGGCUGGCUCUCUGGAGGGGUCUGGGACCAACACUGCUCAGGGACGUUCCGUUCUCAGCCAUGUACUGGUAUAACUAUGAGAAAGGCAAAAGCCUCCUGUGUCGGUACAAGUCCAGUGAGCCGACCUUCACCAUAACCUUCAUCGCUGGCGCGCUGUCUGGAUCUGUUGCAUCCAUUGUCACACUGCCAUUCGACGUGGUGAAGACCAGGAGGCAGGUGGAACUGGGUGAACUGCAGGCUAGGAAUCUGUCGGCACAAGGCUCUUCAACAUAUACUGUGAUGAAAAGGAUCGUGGGAGAGAGCGGCAUCAGAGGGCUCUUUGCAGGCUUCAUGCCCAGGCUUAUUAAGGUGGCUCCAGCCUGCGCUAUAAUGAUCAGCACUUAUGAGUUCGGCAAGGCCUUCUUCCGCAAGAGCAACGAAGAGAAGCAGACACAAGUGCUUGCACUCCAAACCAGCAACAGCUGAUUGUCUUUUCAGUCUGCCUUUCCCUCUCCAUCCUUUAGAAACAUGCACACACAAACACUCCCAUGUGUGCACACCACUGAGUCUGCCCCUCAGCUGAGCUCCUAAACCGUCUCACUGAACACUCAGAGUAGAUCAGUUACUGAUGUCAAUGAAUCAUUAGAGUGUGACACAUCUUAAGUGCUCCUCUUUUAAACUGUGCUGUCUGGGUUUUGUCCCAUUUGUGAAGCCCUUAAGGAUUAAGCUGAGUCAUGGCACAGAGGAGCAAAGCUAAUAUCUCACAAUGGAAAUAAAUAUAAUGCCAAUCCACCACUGGACUGUAGAGAACUGCUUAAAAAAAGCAGUUAAUUCAUCAUGUAUGCUCUGCUAAAACUACAGAGAAGCUACAAGAAUCAUACAUCUGGGGAAUUAAGGUGAAAUACACACUAAAAGGGAUGCCAUGGUUCUAUUUAAAACCAGUGAACCAUUUCAUGCUGAAAUGCUUCUUUGCUUGGUGAAAUGGUUCUUCAGAUUUACGGAGGCUGUGUUGUAUAUGGUUCUAUAUAGAGCCUUUUU